CUUGAAGAGUGGCCAAUUGAACAUUUUUGACAUCUCAUCCUCACAUACCAACCUCCUCAACUGUCUUGUCGAAUACCUUGAUACGAAAUAGGAGCCAUCAUGUCUGACAACAACAAGAACGAAGAGCAGCAAUUCAACAUCCUCCCUCACCCAGCUAAAACCAACAAUCCCGCCGACCUCGUCAGUGAUCCGGCUGGACAAGGUGGACUGCAAGGAUCUGGACCUAAUGCUUUCAAUGCCAAGGAGCCUCAUAUCCCUUCGCAAGCCGUUGCCCAGGGUCUCGAGCAGCCCAAGACCAGGGACGAACUCAAGGCUGAGGCUGAGAAAUUGAACCAAUAGGUGCCUUUGUGUGAAAUUCGAGAGAACACGCUUGGUUGAUCGCAUCUAUGCUAUAUGUCAUUAUGCAAAUGGUCUAUGACGAAA